AUACAGAGUUGGAGAUGGGAUAUUUGCAUUAUACCUCAGUUAUUUUCCUGGGCUGAACCUGAUCUGGCCAGGAUCAGCAGCAGCAUAAAGAUGUCAACAAAAGGCGGCCAUGGCUAUGGCAACAGCCACUUUUCUCUAUACGAUACCAAUCAAUGAAUUCAAAUGUUUCCUUCUACCACAGAAAACGUCCAUGUCUGCCUCGUGCGAAAUCAACGCCAAGAUCAAAACUUACCAGGAUUUCAUCCCUCUGGACAAAUUGUGUAUCAACGUAGCAGUCAUCCAAGCCAACGCACUGCGUUUAUCACCUAACCCUACCGUGUCCGUAGGCAUCCAAACACCUAAUAUCACAUGCAAUCAGGAGAGUCGACUGUCCGGACCAAUGAAACUUGUAACUGACAUUGAAAUGAUAGCUUCCACCGACCGGUUCUACCCCGCUAUAUACUCACUUCGUGCAUCCCUGUUCGUCGGGGAUUCUACACCAUCGGACACCGAACAACGAAUGCGCAGCUCCGAUCUUACCUUUUUUCUACAUACCUCCCCUUCUUAUGCUCAAUCUAAAUCAAUUAGUCUCACCGCAUUCUCUUGUUCUUUGUUCCUGAGCUUGAUCGCUUACUACACGACUUUACGACUGCUACGCCUCGCUGUACUCCCCGGUUGGAGCGAAACGAAUACAAAUCCGACCCAAUUAGGAAAUCGCUGCAUACAUUCCCACCUCAUCCUAUCAUCGACAAACACCACCCCACAACUCGAAACAAGCAGCCAGCCAGCCAAGCUCAGCAAACGCACCCGAGAAACUCCAUCCUCUACUCCACUCCCUCCCUCGCUUUCUCCAAGACAAAGCUAGCUAUAACAAAAAAUGGUUCUCCCCGUCCUCCCCUCCCCCUACCCAACGCGCUUCUCCGCGCCCAAAGCCUCCCUCUUCCGCCUCUUCAGCACCACCUCCCGACGUUCGCCCGCUGCGAUCCAACAGCUCGAAGACAACAACCCCCUGUCGCACAAGCACAAGCGCAAUACAAGCACCAACAGCAGGCUGAGCUCCGAGAUCAGGAAGACAACUACCACGACUACGACGAGCACGCCCAGCUCGCCCGUCAGCGGGAGGAGUUCCGGCGAGAGUGCGGUCUCGGUCGAGAGUUUCGUUUCCAGCUCUGCUUCGAGGUAGAGCGGACGCUUACCUUCUUUAGUGGGAUAAUCAUGGGUUGCGGCAUGAGCAAAACCACGAGAGGCGGCUAUGGUGGCACGCAGG